AUGGAAGGACGGGGCGCUGACGGCAGACAGUUUUGCAGCAUUGGCGCGGACUUUGCUGCAUUUCGAAGCGCUUGUCCCCUGAAGAAGUUCGCUCAGCCACACUCGCAGCUGGAGUGGUCUUACUACCAGGCUGGUCCAGCAGGUGAUGCGAACCCGCUGGUGUUUUUGCAUGGUACCAGCAGUACUGCUGCUGCUUUCUUCUACCAGGUCAUGUCUUUCAGCGAGAAGGGCUACAGCGUCGUAAGCGCACAAUAUCCAGCCUACGGCGGUCCAGACGAGUGGUGUAAGGGUUUCGACCUUUUCUUGGAUGGCUUGCGGUGCCGCACAGUUCAUCUUGUGGGUGCUGGUCUGGGUGGCUUCCUCGCGCAACAUUAUGCGUGUAAGCACCGAAGCCGCGUCAGGUCUCUGGUUCUGUGCAACUCCUUCGCAUCAACAAAUGCCUUCGCACUUAGAGCUGGUACGUGGGGAAGCCUCAUCUCCAUCAUGCCGACGGCGUUCCUGCGUCAGGCUAUGCAAGACACAUUGCCACAGGCUGGGUUCAUGGAAAUACGAUGCAAGCAAGCAGUCGAUUGGGUCGGGCAACAGUUGAACGACCUCAGCGGCGAAGACUUGGCCAGCAGGCUGAACCUGAACGUAAACGGCAGCCACGUCGGUCCUCUGCAGCUGGAGAGCCAUGAGAUAACGAUUCUCGAGUCCAGCGGUGACACGAUGGUGCCUGAAGAGCUGCGACGACAGCUCAAGCUAUUGUACAAGGGUGCCAGCUUCGCAGAGCUGAAGUCCAGAGGUGAUUUUCCAUACUUGUCCAGACCAGACGAGGUGACCCUUUUCAUAGAGGUCCACAUGCGUCGAUUUGGUGCAUUCGCACAAGGUCCAUCCGUGGCCCAAGCGGAUGAUGUGACGACGAAUAAAGGGGCGGACAUUCUUCGAGACCCAGGCCAGCAAUAG